AUGCCAUCUCUGGAAAAUGACUCCGACCGGAGGGGUUCAGAUGAAGCGGACCCUGAACUCGUCGAACUGCUUCGCCAGCACCUUGGUCUGGGUGGAAAGCCGAACAAGUCUGCUCCACCGGAGACAAAGGUGCUUGAGGCUGCGCAGUACAUCUUUGAUAACUCAAUUGAUGUUGCUCUGAGCCCUGCCCAGGUUAAAGAGGCCGCGGAGACAAUUUGGCGAUUGAUGCAGAAGAAGGCGUACUCUACGCAGACCUGGUCGGAGCAUGAGCUGCACCCGCAGGAGAAGAAUGAGAGUACCGUGGACUUCAUUUUCACGAUGGACCUCUUGAACUUCAGUUUUUGGUCAGAUGAAAAAGAUGAAUCGAAGCGAUUCUGCAUUGAGUAUCGUGGGAGGAAGUGGACUGGAUACUGGAGUCUGGUUGCUGCUCUGCAAAGGGCUUUGGAUGAAGGCAUCCAAAUUACCACUCCUGACUUUUGGGUAAACGAGGCUGAAUGCACCGUUGAAGUCCUAAGGCAUGUCUUCCGAUCUGCAACAGACGAGGAGAUCCCCCUGUUUGAAGAGCGGGUGCAGUGCUUGCGUGAGGCCGGAGACGUCCUUUGUAAUGAGUUCGGAGGUAGCUUUGUCAACUGCAUUGACGACGCCAACUACUCCGCCGCAGGACUAGUCAACCUCCUAGCCGAGAACUUCGCCUACUUCCGCGACGAGACUAGCUUCAACGGCAAAAAAGUGCGCAUUCUCAAGCGCGCCCAAAUUCUUGUCGCAGACCUAUGGGCAUGCUUCAACGGUGAAGACUUCGGUGAAUUCCACGACAUCGACAAAAUUACCAUGUUUGCAGACUACCGCAUUCCCCAAAUGCUGAACCAACUCGGCUGUCUCCGGUACUCACCUCCCUUGGACUCUCACAUCCGCAGCCUGAAGCCUCUGACGCCAGGCUCGAACUGGGAGAUUGAGUUGCGUGGCACGAGUAUCUGGUGUGUCGAGCUGAUUAAGCGUGAGAUUGAAAAGCGGCACCCUGAGGUGAAGAUCGCUAGCAAGAAGUCGGUAAAACACUCGGGGGUUGAGGGGAAGGAGCACUACGAAGGCCCGGAAGAGCAUGAGGAAAAGUCUCACAAGACAUACGGGAUCAACGCCAUCUUGAUCGACUUCUUCUUGUACGAUACGAUGAAAGACUUGGAAGCGGAGCAGAACGAGAGUGUCCCGCACCACCGGACUAGAAGCAUUUGGUAUUAG